AUGACGCCUCCUUUGUCUUCUUCAACCUCAACUUCUAUUCCUUCCAAACUUGACUUAAAAAUUGUCCAAGAAGUUUUUGGCCUAAUAUCAAAUAAAGAAAUGGAGUUUGAAAUCUUCAACGUUUCUAAAAUUGUUACUAUCAACAAAAUUUCAACAGUUAUUCUGAUUCUGAAUAACAACAAUAACAGUAAUAUGAAUGUUGAUAAUAUUGCUGAAAUUUCUUCCUUAACUAAGAAUAGGUCCAAACUUUUGAAUCCUGAUGAACAUUUUGAAAAUAAUAAUAUGAAAGAAGAUUUGAAAGAUUUUACGAUUGUUACCAAAGCUACUCCUUUUGCAGUCAUUAGUAGUAUCAAGUUUACUUCUAAAGAAAAGGAUAACAGCAAAAUUAUUUUUGCUAUCAACAAUAUUUUCGCUCAAAAUGGCAACUUUAAAGGAGUAUCUGUUCAUCACAUAAAUUUGAUACGUUUG